UCGCGUCUGCUGCGGGGCCCGCGCGGAGCUCGCGACCCGCUCGCACCGGAGGAGGAAGCCCCGGCAGGGACGCCGGCCUUCCUAUCGAGCGCUCCUCUGCCUGCGCCGGUGCUGGGAGCCGGGCGCUGAGAUGCCCCGAGGGGGCGGUGGCCGAGAGCUGAGCCUGGGUGGAAACGCGGACGAACCUCGCCACUUUGGUGACCCUUCGGGAUCUGGGACCGGAGCCCCGGAGGCAGUGGUGCAGGCUCGCGAGGGCGGCGAGGUCCGUGCUCCCAGCGUCCGAAGCGGGCGCGGGCUGCUGAGCCUUGGCUGGGCUCGUCGCCUCCCGCUUUUCCCCCCAGCCCCCCGCGAGCUGGCAGGAGGAAAUAGCGUGCGGCCCCUUUAAAUUUACCCAGGAGCCCUUAAAGGAGCCCCAGGGGCCCCAGACAGGAAUCCCCACCCCGGUCCAGCCCGCGCCGCCGAGCGAGCAGCCUGCCGUCCGUGCGGCCGGCCGCCCAGUGCCUGCGCCCCGCGUCCCGGGGCCUCGCUCACCGAGCGCCCCGCGCGGGCUGCCGCUGGCUCCGCGGCCCCGCGCCCCGCCGCCCCGGGGCCCCGCUCUGCAGCGCAGCGCAUGGAGCCCGGCGGGGACCACCGGAGCCGGAGCAGCGGCGGUAGGGGCGGCCCCGGGUCAGCAGUGGCCUCGGCACGGGGCCGACGGCUGCCGCCUGCCGGAUCGAGCAGCGGCGCAGAGCCGGAGGAAGACGAAGGAGGGCAAGAUCUUCAGCUGGAAGGGGGUGCCUUGGGGUCCUGGGGGAAUGCCCCCCUGCCCUCCUCCAGGGCCAGGGGACCAGCAGCUUCAGGCAGGAAAUACUCAGACCACUGUGAGGCCCGGGCCUCAAGACCUGGAAAAAGCCGCAUCCCUGGCCGUGACCACCGGCGCUACUACCAUGACCACUGGCGGCUGGAGUACCUGAUGGACUUCAACCCUGCGCGGCAUGGCAUGGUGUGCAUGGUGUGCGGCAGCUCCCUGGCUACCCUCAAGCUCAGCACCAUCAAGCGGCACAUCCGCCAAAAGCACCCCUAUUCCCUGCACUGGAGUCCCCGGGAGAAAGAAGUCAUCAGCAACAGCUGGGACGCCCACCUGGGGCUGGGGACCUGUGGAGAGGCUGAGGGCCUGGGGGUCCAGGGGACUGAGGAGGAGGAGGAGGAGGAAGAAGAAGAGGAGGAGGAAGGGGCCAGCCUCCCAGCUUGCCCGCCCAAGGGCCCAGGCAAAGCCCCAGCUGGUGGGGGCUGCUGGCGCCAGCAACGAGGGGGCCCAGUGGCACCCUGGUCUCGGUGUCUGUGCCUCUCAGCUUCCCGGAGGGCCAGGGGCAGCAGGGGGCUGGGGGCCCGCCGCCUGGAGAGGAGGCUGAAGGAGUCCCUGCAGAACUGGUUCCGGGCCGAGUGUCUCAUGGACUAUGACCCGCGGGGGAACCGGCUGGUGUGCAUGGCCUGUGGCCGGGCAUUGCCCAGCUUGCACCUGGACGACAUCCGUGCCCAUGUGCUGGAGGUGCACCCCAGCUCUCUGGGGCUCAGAGGUCCCCAGCGCAGUGCACUGCUGCAGGCCUGGGGUGGCCAGCCUGCAGCUUCGCUGUCUGAACUCACCCAGUCCCCACCAGACGAUGACCUCGUCCCCCAGGACCUGACCAGAAAGAGGAGCCGGGAUUCGGCCCCGGCUGCUGGAUCCUCCUCCUCUCAGGAUCUCAGCCCCCCAGACGUAAAGGAAGAGGCUGGCUGGGUCCCGGAGAGGCCCAGGCCCACAGAGGAGGAGGAGGAGCUGGAGGAGGGCGAGGGCGAGAGGGUGGGAGUCCCGGGCAGGUUGCCAUCGGGCCUCGACCACCGCCGCCACUACCAGGAGCGCUGGCAGCUGGAGUACCUCAUGGAGCUGGGCGGCGGCCGGCGCGGCCUGGUGUGCAUGGUGUGCGGGGGCUCGCUGGCCUCGCUCAAGAUGAGCACCAUCAAGCGGCACAUCCGCCGGCGCCACCCGGGCUCCACGCGCCUCGGCGGGCUGGUCAAGGCCCUCAUCGCCCAGGAGUGGAGCGAGAAGGCCGCCCAUCUGCUGGCACUGAGCCUGCCCUGCCCAGAGUCCCCCCGGGGCCCUGCCGCCCCCAGCACAGCCGCAGCCUCCGAGGAGGGGGGAGGGGACGAGGAGGAGCCAGAGGAGAAGGAGUGGUGGGGUGAGCUGGUGCGGGUCAGAGCCAGGUGGAGAGGGAGAGCGGGCAGGUCCCCAGCUAGGCAGGGAGAGAGGGCUGGGCGCUGCUGGGGUAGAAGGGAGAUUGGGGGCGACAUCCCGCUCGCCACUGGGGCUCCGUUGGAGCGGCCCGCCGAGGAAGAGGACGAAGAGGACAGCCAGGAGCCGGGGGGACUCCUCUUGCCGCUGCCACCACCGCCGCCUCCCCCGCCACCGCCGCCGCGAAGCCGGGAGCAGCGGCGGAACUACCAGCCUCGCUGGCGGGGCGAGUACCUGAUGGACUACGACGGUAGCCGGCGCGGCCUGGUGUGCAUGGUGUGCGGGGGCGCGCUGGCCACGCUCAAGGUGAGCACCAUCAAGCGGCACAUCCUGCAGGUGCACCCCUUCUCCAUGGAUUUCACGCCCGAGGAGCGCCAGACCAUCCUGGAGGCCUACGAGGAGGCGGCGUUGCGCUGCUAUGGCCACGAGGGCUUCGGGCCGCCCGCUCCGGCCCCGCGCGACGGCGGCGCGGACCUCAAGUCGGGCGCCGUGUGCCGGGCGUAGCGGACUCGCGGGCCGUGUGCCCUCUGCGCUGCCCGGCCCUCGGGCUGGGACCCCCCUGUAGCCUGUUGCGGGCGUCCCCCGCUGGCCGGGCCGGGCCGAG